AUGGGAGAGGAUGUCGUCUUCAUGCAGGUGCGGCCAAGGACCUUCAAGGAGGACCCAGAGGCCGUCGCCCACCAUGAUAUCCACGUGCCCGAGGCGGGCGACAUCGACAAGAACCUCAAGGACAUCGGUCAGCACUUGAAGAGUUUCAACGACACCCUGGGCUCCCUCCAGUCGCUCGGCAUCCACCAUGACACCCCGCUGCCUGAGCUCAUCCUCGUCGGCGACCAGUCAUCAGGCAAGUCCAGCCUGAUGUCGGCCAUCUCUCAGAUCAUACUGCCCCGCAGCGACGGCGUUUGUACGCGCUGCCCCGUCCACAUCCGUCUCUCCAGUGACACCACAUGGCGCUGCCGCGUCUCCCUCCAGCAGGACUAUGCCUAUCGCCCGCCCAACGACGAGCCCAUCACCGAGGCUGAUGUCACGGAGCACAACCCUUUCCCUCCUUGGCUGAAGCAGACAAGAAACACAAAAGAGUUCAAGAUGAUCUACAACAAGACCGAUCCCAUCGACGAGAUAGUCAGGUGGGCUCAGAUAGCCAUCCUCAACCACAGCCGGAAUUUCACCCAGUACGUGCCCAAGGACUGGGACCUCCGGACUGCCGAGGAGAAGGAGCCAGAGUACGAGGCCCGCCGUCUUGCCGAGGCCGAGCGCACCACCGAGGCCAAGUUUAGCCCAAACACCGUGGCCAUCGAGGUUAAAGGCCCAGGCCUGCCGGACCUCUCCUUCUACGACAUGCCUGGUGUCUUCCGCAACGCCAAGCACGAGGAGGACCAGUUCCUGGUCAAGGUGGUCGAGAAUCUCGUUCGCGAGUACAUCUCUCACGAGAAGGCAAUCAUCUUGUGGGCCGUGCCCAUGAACCAUGACCCCGAGACAUCCUCGACAUACGCCCUCAUCCGGAACGUCCGGGCUCAGCAACGCACCAUUGGCGUCAUGACCAAGGCUGACCUACUCCCACGCGGUGGCCACAACCAGUGGCUGGAGAUGCUGGCUGGCCAGCAACAUCAAGUUGGCCGUGGGUACUUCAUCACCUCGCGGGCGCCUCCCUCGCUCCAGAACGGCGAUGGGCAUGAGCUGCAGCGUCGAGAUCGCCAGAGCCUCCGGGACGAGCACGCCGCCGAGGAGGCCUUUUUCAACCGUGCCACGGGGAGCUGGCCUGAGGAGUUUCGACACUUCGACGAGCGCUGCGGAAUCGACCAGCUGGUCAAGUUUCUCGCGCAGUCACUCGCGCAGGAGUUCGCCAGGAACCUUCCCGACCUCGAGAAGAAGCUCAACAAGAAGCUCAGCCUCGCGAAGGAGCAGCUGGCUCGCUUGCCCGACAUGCCCGCGAAUCCCGAGUACGAAGUACGCAGGAGCCUCCUCAAGUUCACCCAGGAAUUCCAGUCGCGCCUCAGGAGCAAGGUAUUCCUCUCCUCGUGGGGCAAGAUCGCGGAGACAUUCAGGAUCAAGGUGAUCGAUCUCAAGCCUCGCUACCGAGUGAUGCCAGAGGGCUUCGCGAUUGAUAGGCCAAUCGGCUCGGGCGCCAGCGAUAGGGACUCGGUCUUCAGUGCUAACAACUCCCCGAGCCUGUCUGUGAAGCGCAACCGGCAGGUGUUCGAUCUGACUGGCGACAGCGUCUCUACGCCUUCUGCUCAGCGACGCAGAGGGGAGAACGGCGUCAUAAAGGUUGAGGAUUGGAACGGCUCUUUUGCGACUGAUGUGCCGGCGCAAACACCUGGGAUCGCACCUGGGCCACUGUCUGAUGCCGGUGGUAGGGUUCCCAGCAAGACACUGGCACAGAUACGUAACCUGAUCAGGUCGGAGCGAGAAGCUGGAAAGCCUGGCGAGGUACCGUACGACGUGAUUGAAAAGUUGUGUGUUGAAGCGGUGACUACCUGGGAGGGCCCUCUGCACAGGUUCCUGGACCACACGAUGACCCAGCUUCGCCGGGAGCUGGAUAGCUCUCUGAACGAAUCAUUCAAGCAGGUCUACCGGGAUGCGAAGCGACUGACUGCCGAGUGGCUCAAGGCUCACAAGCAGCGCAUUCUCGAGUACCUCUACAGAAAUUACAAGAUGGAGACGACCAAGGUCUACACCACCGACGAUGAGUCGUUCCAGCGUCACCGGGGCCAUGAGACCCAGAUGCUACGUCGCAGUCGGCACUUUUACCGAUGGAAGGCCUACAACAACGACCCCUCCCCCGAGAAGCUGGAGGACUGGGGCAAGCUGAGCGCUGAGGCGCGCCGCAACGAGGAGCAACGGAUCCAGAAGGAGGAGCUCAAGCUUGGAGACGACGAAUACGCCCCCGAACUGGAUGUGGCUGCACGCGUCAGGGGAUACUACCUCACGGCCGCGAUGCGGUUCAUCGACGUGACCGCCAUGCAGUUCACGUCCGGCCUGUUCCCCGAGCUCAUCAGCGAUAUCGAGAUGCACCUGGACAAGGAGAUGGGCCUGGCCGGUGGCCCAGCCCCGUACGACCCAGACGUAUUUGCGCGCCUCAUGGAGGAGGAGCCCAGCACGGCGGCCAAGAGAGCCAACCUCAAGUCGUCUGUGCAGAGGUUCAACCGUGCGGUGGAGGAAAUCCAGGAGCUGAACCAGACCGUCAUGCGCGCGUCGGCCAGUGCGCCCUCGCAACACGUGCUGGUGCAGGAUCUCGAGAUGGAGGACGCCGAGGGCGAGGAUUUGUACGACGGUGAUUGA